AUGUAUUUAUCGGUUGAUAAUGCUAUUGUUAAGUCAUUGCUGAGAGUGAUUGUGGUGAUGCCACCUCAGCAUGGCACCCUUGAACAACUGAACCGAGGGUUUGUACCCGAGCUAGUCGAUGUUCACUGUUUGGCUGGGCUUAACAAGGCAUGGUUUAUAGAACUCCGUACAAGCGUUCUUGAUUCCUUGUCUCCUAAACAAGUCAUGCAAUGCCAAAUAGAAGAGGAAUAUGUGGAGCUAGUUAGGCUUCUUCCACCUGCAGAAGCUUCUCUUCUUUAUUGGGCCAUCAAUCUUGUGGCUGAUAUUGAUGCUAAUCGAGAAAAAACUCAAAGGGAAAGGCAAGACUCUAUAGAAGAGGAAGCUCACGUCUUCCCUUUAGAACCUUCUGAUGAGAGCAGCAGCCAACAAAGCCCUUCACAGUCUUUGGCUUUUAACACCAUUGAGCAGAGUGAAGAACUUCAAGCAGACUACGUCAAAAAUGCAAAAGUCAUAGUUUAA